AUGAAUACUGUAAUAAUAAAAAAUAUUUUUCGAAGUACCACUACAUUAUGUAUGCGAUCACAAAAAUCUAUCAACACAGCAGCAGCUUGUAUUGUUAAAAGGGAUUUCCACACAACCAAACCUACGCAAGAUUUAAUGGAAUUCUUUGAUGCAAAGAAGAAUUGGCCUGAAACUAAUAUAAGAGUAGGAAGAGCUUGGAAACUGGACGAGUUGCGAUUAAAGUCCAAUACAGAUUUGCACAAAUUGUGGUAUGUACUUUUGAAAGAACGUAAUAUGCUUUACACUAUGGAACAUGAGUGCAACGAAAGGGUUCGACUGUUCCCAAAUCCAGAAAGAAUUGACAAAGUUGAAGAAUCAAUGAAUAACAUAGAAUCGGUUAUUAGAGAACGUAAUAUUGCUUACUACAAGCUUGAAACAGGUGAAACUGGAGAACGCCCUGUGAAAGAUGUUAUAAAUCUUAUAGGAAUGCCAGAAAAGUAUCAACCGUCAGAAUACGAUACACCUAAAUUUAUGAACACACGUUGGGUAAGACCAUAUCUAAAACAUGGCUUCAUCAACAGUUUGGCAGUAAAAAAGUUUAGAAGAUUGUAUAAUGAAAAAAUCCAUAGCGAAGUGAGGAAAGCACACAAUAGAGACUUUAACCAUGUCCAACAUUUACUCAAACGUUUCCCUAACCUUGAUAUGGAUACUUUAAAAGCAGAAUAUCCAAAUGUUGAUAUUGAAAAAGCUAAAAGAACAAAGAAAUCAAGAGGACAUUUUAUGCCAACUUAUUAAGUUAUUGGUUAUUUCCCCUAUUAGUUAAUUAAAAAUAAUAUCACUUUUUGUUAA